GACUAAAAUGGCUGCGCACCCAUCGGCAGACGCUUGCGCCGUGUCGUUUCUCCUGUGAAAGUACGGUUCUUUCACUCGUGAAUCUGCCAUAAACUUUUUCCCUUCGUCGUUAACGGCGUCGCGCGCCUUCGCAGAGAGUGCUGUUCUUGUGUCUGCGGACUGUUUCCAUUCCGUCUGCCUUCCAUCAUUCGGAACGGCGAGGUGAAGCGUUGAAUCGCCGGUGAUCGAGCCAGUAGCAGCAGCAGCACGCAGCAACGUGAUUAAAAUCCCUCAAUUCGUGCCGACAAUUUCACAUGCACCAAUAUGAGUGAUUACUCAGCGGUCGCUCCGCCUCAGAAUUUCAGCCAGAGUACCGCCUUCGCGGCGGCAGUACAACGCGCUAAGCAGAUUGCUGCAAAGAUAAAUCCAGGCAGUGCAAAAAAUACUCCGGAUGCGAAGUUAAAACGUCCUCUUGAAGAUAGUUCAGAACCAGAAGCUAAGAAAAUGGCAUCGUUAGUAGCAGAUCCUUUAAUAGGCAUUCGUGGAGGACCUGCAGGCAAUUCUCUUGGAGAUGCAGGUGGUCAAGGAUCCAGGCCACCGGUUUCUUCCAAUUUAGGUGGUAUAUGCAAUGAAGAUAUCAGAGUUCCUGACAAAAUGGUUGGGUUAAUAAUUGGCAGAGGUGGAGAACAGAUAACAAGAUUGCAAAGCGAAACAGGAUGUAAGAUUCAAAUGGCACCAGAAAGCGGUGGGCUGCCUGAGCGUGUUUGCACGCUAACUGGUUCACGAGAAGCUGUCAAUCGAGCAAAGGAACUUGUAUUAUCUAUAGUCAAUCAAAGAAGCCGAAGUGAGGGAAUCGGUGAAAUGAAUAUGAGUGGUGGUGGCGGUGGUGGUGGUGGUGGUAUGAUGGGACAUCCAGGAUUUGUUGAGAUAAUGAUUCCAGGUCCUAAAGUUGGUCUAAUAAUCGGAAAAGGAGGAGAAACCAUAAAGCAACUGCAAGAGAAGUCUGGAGCUAAAAUGGUUGUUAUUCAGGAAGGGCCGUCUCAGGAACAAGAAAAGCCUUUAAGUUUAUCUUCUCUCUGUAGAAUAACAGGAGAUCCUCAAAAAGUUGAAUACGCGAAGCAAUUAGUCUAUGAAUUAAUAGCUGAAAAAGAAAUGCAAAUGUUUCAUAGAGGAGGAAGAGGGAAUACUGAGAGAUCAGGAAAUUAUUCUAAUGAUAGCAGUUUCAAUCAUGGUCCUGCAAAUAGUGAUGGAGUAGAGGUACUUGUUCCAAGAGCAGCAGUUGGUGUCGUUAUUGGUAAAGGUGGAGAUAUGAUAAAAAAGAUACAAGCGGAAAGUGGAGCUAAAGUUCAAUUUCAACAAGGAAGAGAAGAUGGCCCUGGGGAUAGAAAAUGUUUAUUGUCAGGGAAACAUCCAGCUGUUGAACAGGCUCGUCAACGAAUUCAGGAACUGAUUGAUAGUGUCAUGAGGAGAGAUGAUGGUAGAAAUAACAUGGGAGCCAGAGGUGGUCCAAGGGGUAAUGGUUUUGGCAAUAAUCGUAAUCCAAAUGAGUAUGGGAGUUGGGAUAGACGACAAGGUGGCCCUAUGCAAGAUAAAAUUGAAACAACAUUUACUGUUCCUUCUUCCAAAUGUGGCAUUAUAAUUGGCAAAGGUGGCGAGACUAUCAAACAGAUCAAUCAACAGACAGGUGCUCAUUGUGAAUUAGAUAGAAGGAAUCAAAGUAAUGAAAAUGAAAAGAUUUUCAUUAUUCGAGGAAAUCCUGAACAAGUUGAGCAUGCAAAGAGAAUAUUUAGUGAAAAGCUGGGCAUGGGUCCAGCUACUUCCUCUUAUGCUGGAGCACAAGGAGCAGUUGGUUACAAUCCAAAUUGGAAUACGGGGUAUCAAGCAUGGCCAAAUCAACCACAAUCCAACGACGGAAGCAAUGCUAAUCAAGCUCCUGUACAAGUCAAUCCACAGACUGGUCAGCCGGAUUAUAGCGCUCAAUGGGCAGAGUAUUAUCGAUCACUGGGCAUGCACAGAGAAGCAGAUAUGAUCGAACAACAAGCGAAACAAGGAAAGCAAGAUCAUAAUCAGCAAGGAGGCAAUUCACAAAAUCAGUCUAAUCCAGCAACAACGGGUUCUGCUGGACCAAACCAACAACAACAACAACAACAACAACAACAGACGCCGCAGCAACAGCAAACAGGCGCUGCACAAAAUGGUGGUCAAGCCGAUUAUAGCGUACAAUGGGCAGAAUACUACAGAAGCAUUGGUAAAAUUAAAGAGGCAGAGGCGAUAGAAGCUCAAAUGAAGGCUGGGAAGCUCGGAAUGCAAGGAAAUCAAAUGGCCCAGCAACAAAUGCAAACUCUUCAGGGGCAAUCAGCUGGUCCACCAGGUACUACGCCUAACGCGUUCCCUCAAGCUUAUGGCAGUUAUCCGACUAUGAAUGCUGGUUCCGCGCCAACUGGUUAUUACGCGGCGAAUGCGGGAUCUAAUUCUCAACCACAGGCAGGGCAGCAAAAUCCUUCUUUCCCUACAGGGUAUCAGAAUUACCCUUACACACAGUCCACCUCUGAGAAUUAAACUUCCAUUUGAGCGAAAGGCAAGCUAUAUUUGGAGCAGCCAAUUAGAGAGGUUUGACCCAUCCUACAAUAUGUCGUGGCAUGGGACAUCUACAGUUUAAAAUGUUUCAUUCAGCAUUAAUCUACAUAUAUACAAAGGAAUCAGGACCUGCGAACUGGAGAUUAGUCGGACGGAAUAUGAUAUAACUCAUAAUGUGGAAUAUAUAAUUUACUAACAAUAUUCUAAAUAUUGCUUAGCCAGUAUUACAUGUGCUUUUAUAUGAUAUUUAUAACGAAGAAUAUUGGCUUUUCAUUUCCGAAUAAUUAAGUAUUAAAAAACUUAACUAGUCAUAUGUAAAAUAUUUCUAAUUUUUGUAUGUCUUUAUUAUGUGUUUCAAUUAAUUUAUUAUACGAUACCAGAAUAUAUCAAAGAUGGGAAGCUUUUUACCGUAACUAUCUCUCCCGUAAAUUCUCUGGUAAACUUUUUUAGCAAAAAUUGUAUUAGGUAUAAUUUUUUUGAAUAAUCUUUAUUUUUAAUAUUAAAUGACUCAGAUUUAAUUAAACAAAAUUAUUUUGUCUUUUAUAGAAGAUUAAUAUUUUAUACGAAUGUUUAAAUUAUAGAAACUGUAUUCCAUUAUAUAUACAUAUAUGUAAUGUGUAUAUACAUAUAUGUAUAUACAUACACACGUAUACCAAUGUGCUUCCCUAUUGAUGCAACCAUUAUAUUUCUUGAUUUUGUUUUUAAUGUUUCUCGUCUACGAUAUGUAAUUUUUCUAAAACAUGUAUAAAGUAAUACAUUAAUUACUAAAGAGGAGAUACAUUUUGAAAUAUAUUUCACUUUAAUAUUUAAGAAUAUAACUUUUUAAAUUGUAUUCAUAAACAGUAAAAUUUUUAUAAACUUAGGUUCAUUCUUUGAAAAAAGGAAGUUAAUGAAGAUAUUUUGUUACAGUAAUUUUAUUCUGAUUGAAAGCUAGGUAGGAAUCACUAAUUAAUGUGUAUUAUCUUCUCAAGCCACUUAAUAUGAAUGUUUAAAAUUACAAAGCGUUGAAAGCCAAUUAUAUCUUCGACUACAGUUUGUAAUAUUAGAAAAUGUUACUCAUUUCUUUAAAUAUGAAAUUACAUUAUUUCCUUUAUAUUAUUACAUUAAUAUUAUGCUUAUAUGUGAAUAAUUAUUUUCUUAGCAACGUAUAAAUAACUUUAAAAAACAAUUUUUUUUUAAUUUUUGUUGUUAAAAAUGAAAAGAUCGUUUGAAAUUAAUAUAAAUUUAUGUUUGGCUCUGUUACUUAUAUAUUUAAUGUAACAAACUAUGUAUCUAGACACGUAACAAUACUUUUUUUAUAUUAGUAUUUAUAUAUCAUUUUCCAUGGAUUAACACUUGUUAUUAAUAAAACAAUUAAUGUUUUUAUUUGGU